AUGAAAAAACAGUUUCAGGAUAAUUUAAAAUUUUCUAUAAAAUAUAAUAAAUUUGGUUUUUUGCAAAAUAAAAUAAAAGAAAAGAACAAAAUAAAAUGUGAAUAUUUUGCUUCAUCUAAUAAGAAUUCAUUUGUUUAUAUUGAAAAAAAAUAUUUCACUAGUUAUGACAAUUGUAAUAUAGAUUUCGUACAUAAAAAAAAGGAUGUGAAGUUACCAGAUUUAAGUGGCUUUAUUAAAUUACAAAAAAAACAUAGAAAAAAUAACAUUUUAAUAAACAAAAAAUAUAAUUUAAAUUAUUUAGAAAAUGUAAGAGAUAACACAAAACUGAUACAAAAAUAUAAUUAUUGCAUUAAUAUGAAUAAUGAAAAAAAAAAAAAAAGUGAUUGUAGUAGCAAUAUUAGAGAAUUAAUUAAAUCCAAUAUAAAUAGUUAUAUAAUGUUAUCAAGACUAAAAAUACCGGAAGGAAUUCACUUAUUAUUUUAUUCUGCAUUAUAUGGUUAUUUUUUAACUUAUAAUGUUGAUAAUUUACUAAUAAAUAAUGAAAUUAAUAUAAAUGAAAUUAAUGAAAUAUUAAAAAAUAUUGGACUUUUUUUAUUUGGUAGUAUUAAUAGUAGAAUUGUUGGUUGCAUUAUAAACGAUUUGUGUGAUAGAAAUUUUGAUAGGCAUGUUGAGAGAACAAAAAAUAGGCCAUUGGCAAAUCAAACAAUAAGUGUAAAAAAAGCUUUAGUAUAUUUUGCUAUUCAUGGAUCUUUAGCACUUCUAACAUUAUGUCAAUAUAACUACCAGACAAUAGGAGUUGGUUUAUUUUCAACGUUUUUUAUUAUGACAUAUCCAUUAUUAAAAAGAAUAACAUAUUAUGCUCAAGUUUAUUUAUCUUUUACUUUUAAUUUAGGAUUUUUAAUUACAUCUAGUAUUAAUUUAAACAUUUUUAAUAAUAUGAUUCCACUUUCUAUAAGCUUUUUACCUCUGUGUUUAUUAACCAUCAUAUAUGAUACUAUUUAUGCUCAUCAAGAUAAAAAAGACGAUUUAAAGUUAAAUUUAAAAUCAUUAGCUAUAAAAUGGGAUAAAAAUACAUUAAAAUACUCUAAAUUUUUGGCAUUCAACAUGCUAUAUUUAUUUUAUUUAACUGGAUAUCUAUUCAAUAUUCAUUAUUCUUAUUAUAUUUUGUCUACAUUUAAUAUAUUAUAUUUAUAUUAUAAUAUAAAUCAAUGUUCCUUAAAUGAUAAAGAAAAAUGCAUGAAAUUUUUUAAAAAAAGUAAAAAUAUUUUGCUUUUAAUUGCUCUUUCAGCUUUUAUUGCUAAAUCUUGUGAACUAUGGGAGAAAAAAAAAAAUAAUAAAAUAAAAGAUAAAGAAAUGCAAAAUGAGAUAAAAAAAGUAGAUUUAUGA